UCAUGCUGGCUGGUAGAAGUGGCCUGGAGCUCCAGUUACCGGGGUCCUGAGCACCCCGACGGGAGAAGAACCCACUCUUGAAUUCGGGAGGCCCGCCUUUCCUCCGGAAAAAUUACCAGUGGUCCCUAUUGGACUGUGACGCCCAGACGACAGCGCGGUGGGGCCCGCGGACCGACGCCGGGAACCAUGAGUGUCAGGUUACCGCAGAGCCUGGACAGGUUGAGCAGCCUCUCUUUGGGAGACUCUGCACCAGAACGCAAGUCCCCUGCCCACCACCGACAGCUCUCGGACACUUCGGAGACCUCAGGUCUCGUCCAGCGCUGUGUGAUCAUCCAGAGGGACCAGCAUGGCUUUGGCUUCACGGUCAGCGGGGACCGCAUCGUCCUGGUGCAGUCUGUGCGGCCAGGGGGUGCAGCCAUGAAAGCUGGUGUGAAAGAGGGUGACCGAAUCAUCAAGGUGAAUGGCACCAUGGUGACCAAUAGCUCCCACCUGGAGGUGGUGAAGCUUAUCAAAUCUGGCGCCUAUGUUGCCCUGACCCUCCUGGGCUCUUCCUCCUCGCCCAUCAGCAUCUCUGGGCUCCAACAGGACCCAGUACCAGCAGGACCUCCCUGCCUCACCCCUGGGAUUCCACCACCUCCACCACCUCCACCGCUGCCACCUCCACAACACAUCACAGGACCCAAACCUCUACAGGAUCCUGAAGUUCAAAAGCAUGCCACCCAGAUCCUUAUGAGCAUGCUGAGGCAGGAGGAAAAGGAGUUACAGCACAUCUGCGAGGCCUACAGCCGGAACCCCGCCAGCAUGCUGGAAGAGCAGAUCGAAGGUGCCCGCCGGCGUGUCUCCCAGCUACAGCUGAAGAUCCAACAGGAGACGGGCAGCUCUGUGGACAUUCUUCCACUCUGUGGGGACCUCAGCCAGCGAGCCCAGGAAGGCCGACUCUCCCUGGAUUCCCAGGAGGGGGACAGCGGCUUGGACUCCGGGACAGAGCGCUUUUCUUCCCUCAGCCAGUCACUGAUGAACCGAAACUCAAUACUGUCAGACCCUGGACUGGACAGCCCUCGCACCUCACCUGUGAUCAUGGCCAGGGUGGCCCAGCACCACAGGCGGCAGGGCUCUGACGCACCUGUCCUUCCCGCCAGCGACCAGGCUGCAGAGCAAAGCCCAAAGCCUUUAAUUAUUGGCCCAGAGGAAGAUUAUGAUCCAGGUUAUUCCAACAAUGAGAGUGACAUCAUAUUCCAGGAUCUGGAGAAACUGAAGUCUCGGCCAGCUCAUCUGGGAGUGUUUCUUCGUUAUAUCUUCUCUCAGGCAGACCCCAGUCCACUGCUUUUCUACUUGUGUGUGGAAGUUUAUCAGCAGACAAGCCUCAAGGAUUCCCGAAGUUUGGGCAAGGACAUCUGGAAUAUUUUCCUAGAGAAAAAUGCGCCUCUGAGGGUGAAAGUCCCGGAGAUGUUACAGGCUGAAAUUGACUUGCGCCUGCGGAAUGGUGAGGAUGUCCGAGGCUCUCUGUGCGACGCCCAGGAGGCAGCCAUGCCUGAGAUCCAGGAGCAGAUCCUAGACUACAGGACAAAGCGCACCCUGGGGCUAGGCAGCCUGUAUGGUGAGAAUGACCUGCUGGACCUGGAUGGGGACCCUGGCCGGGAGCGCCUCAUAGCUGAGAAGCAGCUUGCAGCCCUGGGGGACAUCCUGUCCAAAUAUGAGGAAGACAGAAGCGCCCCCAUGGCCUUCGCCCUCAACACCUACAUGAGCCACACAGGAAUCCGUCUUCGAGAGGCUCGGCCCACCAGCACCACUGAGAAGGUCCAGUCUGCACCUGACAAGGACAAGUGGCUCCCCUUCUUCCCAAAGACCAAAAAGCAGAGUAGCAACUCCAAGAAAGAAAAGGAUGCCUUAGAGGACAAGAAGCGGAACCCCAUCCUCAAAUAUAUCGGGAAGCCCAAAAGCUCCUCCCAGAGCACAUUUCAUAUCCCCUUGUCCUCUGUGGAAGUCAAGCCUGGCAACGUGAGGAACAUCAUCCAGCACUUUGAGAACAACCAGCAAUACGACGCCCCGGAGCCCGGUACCCAGCGCCUCUCCACAGGGAGCUUUCCAGAGGACCUGCUGGAAAGUGGCAGCUCCCGUGCAGAGAUCCGCCUGGGCCGCUCUGAGAGCCUGAAGGGCCGGGAAGAAAUGAAGAGGUCCCGCAAAGCGGAGAACGUACCCCGCUCCCGCAGUGACGUGGACAUGGACGCUGCUGCUGAGGCCGCCCGCCUACACCAGUCUGCAUCCUCCUCUGCCUCCAGCCUCUCCACCAGGUCUCUAGAGAACCCAACACCUCCCUUCACCCCCAAAAUGGGCCGUCGGAGCAUUGAGUCCCCCAGCCUGGGCUUCUGCUCCGAUGCCCUGCUCCCCCACCUCCUGGAGGAUGAUCUGGGGCAACUGUCAGACUUAGAGCCAGAGCUGGAGGCCCAGAACUGGCAGCACACCGUGGGCAAGGACGUGGUGGCUGGGCUGAGCCAGAGGGAGAUCGACCGGCAGGAAGUCAUCAAUGAGCUCAUGGUGACAGAGACCUCACACCUCCGCACACUCCGGGUCCUCGACCUCAUCUUCUACCAGCGCAUGAAGAAGGAGAACCUGAUGCCCCGCGAGGAGCUGGCCCGGCUCUUCCCCAACCUGCCGGAACUCAUUGAGCUCCACAAUUCCUGGUGUGAAGCCUUGAGGAGGCUCCGGGAGGAGGGCCCCAUCAUCAAGGAUGUCGGAGACCUCAUGCUGGCUCGGUUUGACGGCUUGGCCCGGGAGGAGCUGCAACAGGUGGCGGCGCAGUUCUGCUCCCAUCAGUCCAUAGCGCUGGAGCUCAUCAAGACCAAGCAGCGCAAGGAAAGCCGCUUCCAGCUCUUCAUGCAGGAGGCCGAGAGCCACCCACAGUGCCGCCGCCUGCAGCUUCGCGACCUCAUCAUCUCAGAGAUGCAGCGACUCACCAAGUACCCACUGCUGCUGGAGAGCAUCAUCAAGCACACGGAGGGUGGCACCUCUGAGCACGAGAAGCUAUGCCGGGCCCGGGACCAAUGCCGGGCGAUUCUCAAGUAUGUGAACGAAGCAGUGAAGCAGACAGAGAACCAGCACCGGCUCGAGGGCUACCAGAAGCGCCUGGAUACCACCUCCCUGGAGAGAGCCAGCAACCCUUUGGCGGCUGAGUUCAAGAGCCUGGAUCUGACAGCCAGGAAGAUGAUCCAUGAGGGGCCCCUGACCUGGAGGAUCAGCAAGGACAAGACCCUGGCUUCACCCCCAGACCUGCAGGUGCUGUUGCUGGAGGACCUGCUGGUGUUGCUACAGAAACAAGACGAGAAGCUGCUGCUCAAAUGCCACAGCAAGGCUGCGGGUGCCGCCGACAGCAAGCAGACCUUCAGCCCUGUGCUAAAACUCAAUGCCGUGCUCAUCCGCUCCGUGGCCACGGAUAAGCGGGCCUUCUUCAUCAUCUGCACCUCUGAGUUGGGGCCCCCGCAGAUCUACGAACUGGUGGCACUGACAUCAUCGGACAAGAACACGUGGAUGGAGCUCUUAGAAGAGGCUGUGCGGAAAGCCACCAGGCACCCCGGGGCCGCCCCUGCACCCACCCCACCUGCAGCUCCAGGCCCCCAGGAGCCCACCCACCAGAACCCCUCACCCAGCAGGGAGGACCUGGAGGAUGCUGAUGUGUUCCCUGACAAGCCAGAGCCUGAGGAGCUCCCUGCAGCAGGCACUGGGCCAGAGCAGAGGCCUGAAGGGACCCAUCCAUCCUUGCUGGGGAAUUCCCAGCAGGGGGGCUGCCUGGAAGAGGGGCUUCCUCACCCUCCCACACCCCUGGAUGGAGUCCGAAGGGACAGCAGGACCAAGGGCCCCAUUCUCCUGCCCCUUCCCGGCCCACUGUUCACAGAAGGCCUGGCGGAUGCUGCCUUGGAGGAUGUGGAGAGCCUGCGGCACCUGAUCCUAUGGAGCCUGCUGCCCAGUCAGCCUGCAGACACUCAGCCUGCUGGGGAGCCCGAGGAUGACCUGACGCCGACACCUUCCAUCAUCAGCGUCACCUCCCACCCCUGGGACCCUGGCUCCCCAGGGCAGCCUCCCACUGGGGAAGAUGGGGACAGGACAAGGCUUCCAGGACCAGAGCUGCAGGACGUGGGGGGCUGUUCCCUGGAGCACCUGCCUCCAAGGACCAGGAACUCAGGCAUCUGGGAGUCUCCCGAGCUGGACCGGAAAGCAGAGGGCGAGACCACCAGCACUGAGGCGAUGGGCAGUUACAAAGUCGUGAGGAAAGCUGAGGUGGCAGGCAGCAAGGCUGGCCCCGCACGGCCAGGGAGUGACCAGUCAGGGCCCAAGCCACCUGACGUGGAAGGCGGACCAGAGGCCGCGGGAAACUGUUUCUAUGUCAGCAUGCCAGCAGGACCCCUGGACUCCAGCACUGACCCCUCAGGGGUGCCCACCAGCCCCUCAAUGUCUGAUGGCCCCGCUACCUGGCAGGUAGCGCCGCAGCACUGCCAGCAGCAGCAGGGGGCUCUGGGGGUCCAGAGGAACCCCAGCUGCUCUCCCCCCAGCCUGGUGCUCAGGGACACGGGCCUCAUCUUCCACACCAUCGAACAGCUCACCCUCAAGCUCAACAGGCUCAAGGACAUGGAGCUGGCCCACAGGGAGCUGCUCAGGUCCCUUGGGGGGGAGUCGUCUGGAGGCACCACACCCGUGGGCAGCUUCCACGCAGAGCCUACUCGCUGGACAGACAGCUCUCUGUCACCCCCAGACAAGGAGGCCCUGGCCCCUGACUCUGGGGAUAGUCAUCAGCUGGGGCCCUGCCCUGAGGACGGCAUCCACACCACGCUGGAAGAUGGCUCCACCAGCACAGCCUCGUCCCCAGCAUUGUAGUUGACCAAGAGCCACCAGUCCUCGAGUGCCCCCUCCUGGAGAGCCUGGCGUAUGGCAGAGACUGGAGACACCACUGUCAGGGAGACCAACACCGGUGGUCUGUUCAGAUCAGAGUUGAGUCUCCACACCUCCCCUCCUUGCAGCCCCCUUCCCAGCAUGCUGAGGCCCCUCGUGUGGGGGUGCCUUCAAACACGACAGGAAGGAAAGGUGCCCAGCACGAGUGCUUCCCCCUUCCCUCCUUUGCAGCAACCCAAGGCUGAGGGGUGUGGGCCCCUGGCUUCCCUGUCACGUUGGCUUCCUAUAAAUAUGUAUGUAUUGUAUGUGCAUCUCUGCUCUUGUAAAUACCCUGAACAGUUUGUGGUUAUUGUUCCGGUAUGUCAGCAAGCAGGCACCAUGGAGAAGAGGUUUGCUUGUACUUCCUGAGGCCCGACCUCGAGGGGUGAGAAGGGCUCUGAGCCCAGCUAGAAAGGACCCCCAUCUCUGCAGCUUGGGGCUGAGCUCCUUCUUCCUUCCUAGGACUCCUCUCCAGGGGAGAUCACCCCACAAGUCUACCCUCCCCUGACUUCCUCCCUGUAGAAAACCAGUGUAUCCGGUACGGAACUGAAAACUGGGCCCCCAAGUCGGGGUGUGGGGUGCUGAAUGCUGGAGUCCCUGAGUUAACCUAGGACCACCCCAGGGGCCACUGCAGCCCUGGCCCCUGUUACUGUGUCCACACCACUCCCCCACUGACUAAUAGAAUAUACACACUGUGCUAGGUGUAUAUAUACAUAUAUAUAUAUAUAAAUAUAUAUAAUAUAUAUAAAAUAUAGAUAUGGAGAUGACUGUUUUGCUGUUAAAAUAAUGUAUACUCUUUUAUUUUCUUCCUUUCAUGGUUGAUUUUUUUUUUUUUUAAGAAAAGUUAAAUAUUCUUCAACUGUG